AUGGCUGAGUUCAAGUAUCUGAUCCACUUUGAAAACGAGAAGGGAGACAGGUUCUUUGCCGAUAUCGACUCUACGGAGCCCGUCAUCGGGACACCAAUCAAUGCACAUCUAUCAUUCGAAGACCUGAAGGAGAAGAAAAAUGGCACACUUACUACCAUUGCCAAGCUCCUCCCUCCUGUCCCUGCACACGAUCUGCCGAUCUACUGCGUCGGGCUUAAUUAUAAGAGCCAUGCAAAAGAAGCAAAUCUGAAUGUCCCCGCGAAUCCACCGUUGUGGACAAAACCCGCCGCCUCUCUGGCCGGUCCCAACGAGACAAUCGCAAUGAACCGAUUCUGUGCGUCCCAUCUACCAGACUGGGAGGGCGAGCUCUGCUUCGUAACCUCGCGCGAGUGUCGAGACCUCGCCAUUGAAGAGGCAGGCUCGUGUAUUCUGGGCUAUACCAUUGGGAAUGACUUAUCCUGCCGCUUCUUUCAGCUCCCCGAGCAGUCCGGCGGGCAAUUUUUCUACGCCAAGGCCUUUGAUAGAUUUGCGCCGGUUGGUCCGGCGCUGGUUAAUCCAUCCGUGUGGCACAAGGUUGAGAAGACGGCUCGGUUGAUUACGCGCCUCAAUGGACAAGUCAAACAGGAUUCUCACCUCGCCACGGAUAUGAUCCACGAGCCGGCGAGGAUUCUGAGUUGGAUGUCACAGGGCACCACAAUUCCGGCGUAUACGAUUGUUAUGACAGGGACUCCCGCCGGUGUGGGUGCCUUCAACACCCCUCGACAGUUUCUCAAAGAUAAGGACUCGGUCGAAAUUGAGAUUACCGGCCUCGGAGUGCUAAAGAACCGGAUUGUGUUCGAGGAAGGCCAGGAUAAUAUGCUGUGA